AUGGCGUGCAGCCAGACCUACAACAUCACGGUCACCGCCCACAACCAAGCCUGCAAGGACAUCGCCACGUCUGACCCCAUAGCCUUGGUCACAGAGCCCUGCGCCCCCAGGCACGUGGAGGCUGAUUUGAGCUGCGAGACGAACACGGCCUCCGUCUCCUGGGAGAUGAGCGAGUGCGCCGUGGGCUACCAGGCCUUCCUGUACGGCCGGGACGGACAUUCCGCCUCCUGCCACACCACCAACACGUCCUGCAGCGCGGACGGCCUGCACUGCGGGACGGCCUACUACGUCCACGUCCGGGCCCUGGGAGAGGUGUUCAACAGCUCAGACAGCAGCAGCAUCGUCCUGACGACGGCUCCUUGCGCGCCGGACAGUGUGGAGGUGGAGGUGGACUGUGAGAACGGCAGCGCCCUGGUGACCUGGAGCUACAGCGACGGGGCCGUGUCCUACGCUGUGACUGCGGCUGGGAUUAACGGGGACAUGGCCUUCUGCUCCACCGACAACAACUUCUGCGAAGUCACCGAGCUCAGCUGCGGAGAGACGUACAACCUGACCUUGACCUCCAUCAAUGAGCAGUGUGAUUUCGUGUCCGACACCGGACUGACCUUCCAGACCAGACCGUGCGCCCCCUUGCGUGUGGCUGUAGACCUGCAGUGUGGGAACAACACUGCCAUGCUGUCCUGGGAGACGAGCGAGGGGGUGGAGCUCUAUGUAGCCAAUGCCACGAAGAGCAGCGGAGAGCACGCAGGCAGCUGCAACUCCACCGGCUCCACCUGCCUCUUCUCCGGCCUGGACUGUGGAGAGACCUACAGCUUCACCGUCACCGCAUACAGCAGCCAGUGUGAGAGUCAACGCAGUGACACGGUGGAGAUCAUCACAGAGCCCUGUCGACCCGGCCGCAUGUCCGCCGCGGGGUCCUGCGGCAAUGACACGGUGCUCCUCGGCUGGGCGGAGUCUCGCGGGGCGUCCGUCUACAUAGUGACCGCCACGGGAGACCUGGGGUACACCGUGGACUUCAACACCACCGACACCAGCCUGGAGGCGUGGCUGCCCUGCGGCCAGACCUUCCGCUUCAGCGUGGUGGCGCAGGGCGAGGCGUGCGAAAGCCCCCGCAGUGGUCAGGCGCAGUUCAGGACCGCCCCCUGCAUCCCUGAGCACCUGCAGGCCUACGUUCAGUGCGAAGGCAGCGUGGGCUCGGUCAGCUGGAUGCCGAGCGAUGGGGCGGAGUCCUACACAGCCGUGGCGGUGGGGCAGGACAGCCACACCCACAUGUGCACCACCAACGCCACCACGUGUACCUGGACCGACCUGCACUGCGGGGACCUCUACUCCGUCCACGUCAUCGCCAACGACAACCUAUGCAACAGCUUGCCCAGCAACGGCACCGUCAUCCACAUGGCACCUUGCGUGCCCCAGAACCUGGUGUCCACCCUGGUCUGUGAUCUGAGGGUGGGGACAUUGACCUGGGAGGUCAGCGAGGGCGCCGUACUUUACAUUGUGGCCGCAGAAGCCAGCAACGACCACAGGGUGGAGGUCACGACCCAGACCAACAGAACCGUCAUUUCCGAGUUUGCCUGCGGCCAGGUGUACUACCUGACGGUCAGAGCCGUAGGCCCAGUGUGCAUGAGCGUCCCCAGCGCGGCUUCAAGCUUACGGACAGAGCCCUGCACGCCCACCGAUGUCACCAGCCAGCUGGACUGCCUCACCAACAUCGUGCUGGUGGCGUGGGCCGAGGCCGAGGGGGCUGAGUACUACACCGCCACCGUCCGGGCGCGGGACGGCCAGACGGCCGUCUGCAUGUCCUCCGACACGCAGUGCGGCAUCCCCGGCCUGCUGUGCGCUCGGAACUACACCGUGUCCGUCACCGCCAGCAGCGCCCAGUGCAGCUCCGCCCCCAGCGUCUCCAGCAGCCUGCGCUCAGCUCCCUGCAUCCCCCAGAACGUGGCCGUGGACGUGGACUGCGCCGACAACACAGCGCUGGUCUCCUGGAACCAGAGCCGGGGGGCGCUGUCCUACAGAGUGGUGGCGGAGAGCAUGGCAGGAAACGCCUUCUGCGAGAGCUCCGUGCCCCACUGCCGCCUCACCAACCUCACCUGCGGCGCCACCUACACCGUCUGGGUGGUUGCCAUGGACAGCAGCUGCACCACCAUCCCGAGUGAACGCGUGCAGGUUCAGUCAGUGCCUUGCACGCCUGAAAUCUUGUAUACCUACUUGGACUGUUUCAUGGACUCUGUGCUGAUGGAGUGGGACCACGCAGAGGGGGCCAGCUUCUACACGGGCGUGGCGGAGACCAGCGGCGACACGGCCGUCUGCAACUCCAGCCACACAAACUGUGAGAUCACGGACCUGCAGUGCGGGAAGGUCUACAGCGUGAGGGUGGCCGCCUCCAACGGACUCUGCAACAGCUCGCUGAGCGCUGCCUGGGAGGUGGCGUCAGUUCCCUGUGUUCCUCAGAAUGUUACGUAUCACCUGGACUGCGCCUCCCACUCGGCCCAUGUGAUGUGGGAGGCGGCAAACGGGGCGGAGUCCUACAAAGUGCACGCCGUCGGCUGGGGGGGCCUCACAGCCGAAUGCGACACCACGGAGCUGGCCUGCGUGGUGCCUGACCUCACGUGCGGCAGCGACUACAACAUCAGCGUGGUCGCCAUCGGCCAGCAGUGCAACGUCUCGGAGAGCGAAGUGACGGAGAUGGAGGCCGUGCCCUGCGUGCCGCAGCAGGUGGAGGCCAGCGUGGACUGCGAGUCGGCCGUGGUGUCCGUGUCCUGGGAGCGGAGCUUCGGGGCCACCUCCUACGCCGUCGUCGCCCAGGGCAACGGGGGCUACGCCUCCACCUGCAACACCAGCGGCACCGUGUGCCAGUUCCCCGACCUGCUCUGCGGGACGCCCUACAGCGUGACCGUCAGCGCCGCCGAUGACGUCUGCUCCAGCGAACGGAGCGCCGCCGUGCACGUGAACACCGUUCCCUGCGAGCCUCAGAACGUCAGCGCGUCCGUGGACUGCGCCAGUGACGCGGGCCUGGUCAGGUGGGAGCAGGGCGAGGGCGUGGCCUCCUACCGCGUGGAGGCCGCCGGCGUGGACGGUCACAUGACCCAGUGCAACAGCACCUCCACCAGCUGCCGGCUGCCGGGCCUGCACUGCGGCCAACAGUACAACCUGACCGUCACCGCGCAGGACGAGCAGUGUGACACCAGCAGGGCCUACCUCAGCCUGCAGUCAGUUCCCUGCGUGCCUCACAACGUUCAGGCCGCCCUCCAGUGCCCGAACAACUCCAUCUCCGUCGCCUGGGAGACGAGCAGCGGGGCCCUCUCCUACCGAGCCGCGGGCAAGGCCGCGGACGGCCACACGGCCGCCUGCAACGGCAGCGCCCCCCACUGCGACCUGGAGGCGCUGCGCUGCGGGCAGACCUACAACGUCUCCGUCCUCUCCCUCGACGAGUCGUGCGCCAGCGCGGAGAGCGGGAUCGCGCCGGUCCGAACAGCUCCCUGCCCCCCGAGUAACCUGGAGGCCAGCCUCAGCUGCGACUCCGGCAUCAUGAUGGUGGCGUGGGACGCCGACAGGGACGCCGACUCCUUCCGCGUGGAGGCCCUGACCAGCGACCGGGGGGCGCUGUCCUGCCGCACCCAAGACACCUUCUGCGCCAUCACGAACGUGCUCUGCGGACACGUCUACGCGGUCCGUGCCGUGUCUGUCAGAAAUGGCUGUGAGAGCGCUUACACCAGAGCCGUCAACGUGUCAUCAGCACCGUGCGUUCCCCAGGAGGUUUCCGGUAAUCUCGACUGCGUGACGAACUCUGCCUGGGUGACGUGGAAGGCGGUCAUGGGGGCGCGCACCUACACGGUGACGGCGGAGGGCGUGGGCGGCUACAACGCUUCCUGCUCCACCACCGACACCACCUGCAGCGUGCCCGACCUGCGCUGCGGGGUCCUCUACACCUUCUACCUCACCGCCUCCAACGCCCGCUGCCAGAGCCCCCCCAGCGCCACCUUCGAGAUCGAGACAGCUCCCUGCGCCCUCACCGCCAUCGAUGCCAUCACCGAGUGCCACAGCAGCACCAUUCGGGUCCAGUGGCAGCUGUCGGGCGGCUCCCGGCUCUACAUCGCCACGGCGGAGGGCAACGAUCGCAGCAUCCUGUCCUGCAACAGCACCAGCGCCAGCUGCGACCUGAUUGGCGCUCGCUGCGGCAUGCAGUACACCAUCAUCGUGGCGGCAUCCUCCGACAAGUGCAGCAGUCUCAGGAGCCCCCCCCACAAGAUCAGCACAGCUCCCUGUGCACCCCAGAAUGUGUCCUUUCAGCCGGACUGUGAGUCCAGUGGCGUGGUGGUGUCGUGGGCCCCCUCGUUCGUGGCGGAGUCCUACCUGCUGACGGCGCGGGGGAGGGACGGGUUCCUGCACACCUGCAACACCACCGUGAGCAACUGCACCCUCCUGGGGCUGCAGUGUGGGCAGCCCUACUCCUUCAAUGUGACAGCCAGCUCUCAGACCUGCAGCAGCCCUAACCGCGCUGUGUUCACCUUCAGCACAGCGCCCUGCGAUCCGGAUAACCUGGCGGUAGAGCUCCAGUGCGCCAGCAGCUCGGCUGUGCUGUCCUGGAGCGCAGGCCAGGGUUCGCUGGAGUACUUUGCCUACGCUCAGGGCAGCACUGGGGACACGCUGUUCUGCGGCGGCUCAAACCCGUCCUGCGUCAUGGAUGGACUGGAGUGCGGGGCCGUGUACAACUUCUCAGUGCUGGCUUCUGACAGCGUCUGCAACAGCUCGCUCAGUGCGCCACUCCACCAGGGGGCAGUGCCCUGUCCACCUGAACACGUGAAGACACGCAUGCUACCAGUGAGUGACAGGGAUAAAGUACUCCGGGUGUCCUGGAGCCGAGUGUCCUGCCCUGUGGUGGAGUACCUGGUAGAAGUUACUGGGAGAAUCCUGGGUGACAGUCAGGCGCUCUUGGAGGUGGCCUCUUAUUGGACGGAACGCACCUUUUUUGAGAUCCCCCUGCCCUGCAGCUCAACGUAUAACGUCACAGUGAAGUCCGGGAACUCAGCAGGGAUUAGCAAGCCUUCCGUGGCCAUCAGUGGACGCACAGUUCCCUGCCCCCCACAGAACGUGACUUAUGCUGGGAACUCCACCUUUGCCAUUCUCGCCUGGAAAGCCUCCAUCUUCGCUACUAAGUACACUGUCUAUAAGCCAACUGGCACAGGCAGAACUUUGGUCUGUAACACCACCCAGCUCUUCUGCAAUCUGACGAAUGUCCAGUCCAGCGAGUUUGAAGUUACCGCUAGCAACUCUGCAGGAGAGAGCAGCCCAAAUACAAUCGUAAUGGGUCCAAUAAUAACACGCAGUAAACGUAAUCUCCUGGAAGUAGAAAUGUUUGCCGGGUUAAGUGAAAAUGAGGACCUGGUGACUCCUCAGGUCUUAGUCUCUGAGGUAAAGAGGGUGUCUCUGCUUGUGCAAUGGCAAGCAGUCAGAGACGCCACAUACUACACCCUGCUCGUCAGAGAUCCAGCUGGGGAACCCACCUACCACACCCACAGCCCAGUGGUGCAGUCAGUGUUCCAGGAGGCCUACACUGUGACUGGACUCGAACCCAACACCACAUACUGUGUCAGCGUGUCGGCCAAAAGCGCUCUCGCCAGUAGUCCGUAUUCACAACCUAUCUGUGUUGACACAGUGGCUUAAAUCUGAAGAUUAUUUCUUCACCAUUUGCUGAAUCUGGAAAGAAUGAUCACUGCAGGGGAAAGCAAAUAGGCAGAGUUACCUGCUAAUUGAAACACUAUAAUCCUUGACUCACUUUAGAUUGGUUAAAUAAACUACAAUUUUUCCUGGUCACUAUCAUAGUAACCAAGUCUUUGUCAUGACUAUUAAAUCAAGCUUUGCUAGAAGAUUUUUGUAUUUAUCAUAAAUAUUUUCAAAAAACACCUUUCUGUAACCUAUGCUAAUUCAUGCAAAAAAUCCCAGUCUCAUUGUUUAAAUCAUUCAUGUAAAAUCAAAAUGUGACAUUAGAUUUAUAAUAAAUAGUAAUGCAACCAAUAUUUUGUAACUAUAAAGUAUAUUUUCUAAUUUACUAUUUUACUUGCCUUAUUAUGUGAACAUUUUAAUUUGUCCUUGUGUUUUACUAAGCCUAUAACUUAAGGAAUAAAGGUCUGUGAAAACCUUAAACACUUCUAUCUCCAUAAAAGCAAAAUGAAGAAAAGUCCUUCAUUUGCUAGUCAUCUUUAAAUGAAUGGUUGACAUCCAGAAAGCCGAAUGUGUGUGUGUGUGUUGUCCUGCCAGAUAGCUGAAUUUCCAUCUCUAUCUCCUACUGUAAGUACACCAAUCAAACCUGCGCAUAACUUAAAGUGGAGUGAAUUUUUUUACUUGUAGACGAGUAGCUGUCCAUCUGAUUAUAAUGAACUCUCAGCCAGUUCUCUACCUGUAGUGAGUGCAGAGAUACAGUGUAUCCCCAAAUUAUUAUGCAUGCUCCAGGUACCUGCUUUACUAAAGACUACAACGGACGGGCAACAGACAACACCGUUCACAGGUUGCCACGCCUACUGAAUACAAAUGGAGGGGCUGGGCAUUACUACUUGGAUGGAGAGAGGGCAACACUACUCGCCAGCAGGAUUCUACAAUUUACUGUAUACAGUUGACUCAAGUUAUUUCAGACACAGUCAUGCAAUAUUUGGUUAUUAUAAUAGACAGUAAGA